UGCCUCCGGCCCGCAUCCCUCCCUCCCUCGGUUCCUCCAUCCCUCGGUCCCUCCAUCCCUCGGUCCCUCCAUCCCUCCGUCCCGCCGCCGCCGCCGCCGCCCGCCCCGCGGGGACUCGGGGCAGCACCGCCCGCCUCCAGGUAGCGAACGGCCAAGAGGAGCAGAUCUUCCCCUAGAGGCACAAAUCACCGGAGAGACCUGCUUCUGCCCGUCCGGAGAUCACGCCUGGCCCGCCCAUGGCUAGCAACAACACUGCUAGCAUAGCGCAAGCCCGCAAGCUGGUGGAGCAGCUGAAGAUGGAGGCCAACAUCGACAGGAUAAAGGUAUCAAAAGCAGCAGCAGACCUGAUGGCGUACUGCGAAGCCCACGCCAAGGAGGACCCUCUAUUGACCCCUGUCCCGGCCUCAGAAAACCCCUUUAGAGAGAAGAAGUUCUUCUGCGUGAUCCUGUAAACCCUCGAGGAGCCUGACCGGCACUCAGGCCACCCUGAACACUGACGUAGAGUUUUUAGGAACGGGGACGACCUGCUAGUCCACAGAAUUUAAACAAAAAUAAGUAAAAUACACGGCCUGGAAGCUACAGAGAUGUGCAUGUUUAAAGAACCUGGCCACCUUUGGGGGAAUAAGAUGAUCUGCAUUGCGAGGCAAAAGAUCUGAAGUCUGUAGAGUUGCCUAGAAAGAAAAAAAAAAAAUAUGUAAAGAAUAAAUUUGUGUCACUUUUCUGCUCACAAAAUUGUUUGAUUGUUCCAUAUUUAAAGCACCAGAGCUGUGCUGAGCAAAGUAACUGCUAAGGAUGUGUAUAACCUUCUUGGAAUGAUAUUGUUGGUUUCUUUCCAGAAUAUUUUUUUUUAUUUAAGUUGUCAGAUAUAUAGCGACAGGUUAGAUGACUAUGAUGUUACUCAAUGUUUGGUCUUGUGCUUUUUAAUUUCUGGCGGUAGCAUAGCACAGGGGUUGAGCGGCCCCGCGGUGGGUUAGCGAGGACGCCGGCAGCUCCGUGUUUCUAGCGAACCCCACUUUCUAACAUUUUGUAUAUGGUUAGCUUCGGCUCUGCAAGUAAAAGUGAAUCAUGUGUCGUGGUUGGUGCUUCAUACUCCUGUGACGACGUUCGGUGGUAGUGCAUGAGAGUUUAUCACUGUUCAUCCGCCCCAGACUUUUCUUUUCUAUCGUUUGACACCACGUGCUGGUGGGAGAAGCUGUAGGGAGGAAACCGAGGCGAUUCCGAAAGCAAAGACAACUCCUGCGAUGCCUUAGACGUGCCUGA